AGAGCCAGUUCCUGGUGGCUGUUGGAUGGCUCAGACAGCUCCCUACCUUCCUGCCAUGGUCCUUCCUCUGCCCUGGCUCUCUAGAUGCUGUUGCCGUUGCCUCCUGCCUUUCCGGCCUCUGGGCCCUCAGGCCUCCCAAAGAUGUUGUUCCCAGAGCACCACAGAUGGGACCACCUCCACAGCGAGUGGGAAGAUGGUGUCACCUCCCAGGGGUUCAGGGCCCCGCCGCACAACUGAGCUGGUCCAAGCUGAGGAGCUGCUGGAGCAGCAGCUGGAGCUAUACCAGGCACUGCUGGAAGGGCAAGAGGGGGCCUGGGAGGCGCAGGCCCUGGUGCUCAAGAUCCACAAGCUGAAGGAACAGAUGAGAAGACACCGAGAGAGCCUUGGAGGAGAUGCCUAAGCUUUCCACAGGUUCCCGAGUCACUCUCCCAGUACUGGAAAUACUGUGCACCACCCCACAACCCCUUCAAUCAGUAAUAUCCCAGUCUCCUAGACCAGAGAAAAUAUAAGCUAGCCAUCUGCAAAGGGCCAGAAACUGGAAGUUAUUCGGGAAGCCGUGGCCUCUGCAGUCUCUUAGUCACACCCCUCACUGACCUUGGCUCAACAUUCCCCCCACCCCACCCUGCCCCACCCCACAGCAGGGUACACAAUCCCCUAUAGGAAUUUACCCUGGAUCACACCCUAAAAUAACUUCACCCAAAAUCCAAUAAAAGGGCAGAGUGU